AUGUCUGGAAUUCAGCAUGCAUCCAAUCAAAGCAUCAAACCUUUUAAAUCGAGUGAGGAAUAUCUCUAUGCCAUGAAAGAAGACCUGGCAGAAUGGCUUGGAGAUGUAUACAGCAUGGAGAUUGACGUGAAUAAUGUUUUGGAGGUGUUAGAGACAGGUGCGCUGCUGUGUGCCCACGCAAAUAACGUGACACGCGUGGCGGAUGAUUUUGUGAAGAGCAGCGGACCCACGGAGGUCCAUCUGCCCGCUUCUGGAGUCACUUUCGUCAGCUCUGCCCAUCCAACAACAUUCCUGGCUCGGGAUAAUGUCACCAAUUUCAUCAACUGGUGUCGAAAAGAGAUGGGCAUUCCAGAUGUAUUGAUGUUUGAGACAGAUGACCUUGUCCUGCGUAAGAACGAGAAGAAUUUUGUGCUGUGCCUUCUUGAGGUGGCCAGACGGGCCUCUCGUUUCGGCAUGGCUUCACCAGUCCUCAUUCAGCUGGAGCAGGAGAUAGAGGAAGAGAUUCGCGAAGAGAUGGAGGACUUGCCUGCUCAGCCCAAACCACAGAGGAGCCUAAUAAACAUCCAGAAUCUGGAUGAGAUGGUCCAGCUUUUGAUAAGCCGAUGCACCUGCCCAUCCCAGUUCCCCAUGGUGAAGGUAUCAGAGGGCAAAUACAGGGUUGGAGACUCCAACACUCUCAUAUUUGUGCGGAUUUUGAGGAAUCAUGUUAUGGUGCGAGUGGGCGGAGGAUGGGACACCCUGGAGCACUAUCUCGACAAACAUGAUCCCUGCCGCUGCACUUCUCUCAUACAUAAGUUGACCACACACCCCGGUACUCUGGUCCAUGAGAUCAAAGAGCGGUUAACCGCAACACAACCUGAUGGCCAGAGUGCUUCUCAGACCACUCUUAUGCUGAGCCGAACUCAGUCCCCUCUUCAGCCAGUUGUCUGGACCCCUUCAGCCGCCUACAGAGCCCAGAGAGGAAGGCCCUCUCCCCCACGCUCCUCCUGUUCCCCUGACCCUGAACAUCAGCCCAGCCGCCGGAGAAACAGCCCCUCUCCUAACAAAUUAAGAGAGAGACCAAGUACUCAAUCUUGUGUGUACACUUGUGCUGACAGUAAAGACAGCUUGAAAACAAACUCCUCCAGCAGGAAAGGCAGAGAAGCAAUAAGGGCGUCACCAGCACCUCGCCUCACGAGCAGUCUUCCACGGGCCACCUAUCAUCCUACCACACCACAGCCUGAGAUACAGCGUCCUCAAACUCCUCUAGUCCUUCAGAGGAAUGCCAAUCAAAUCCAACCUCAGCAAGUGCCUGAGAAGAAUCUGGGACAAACAUGGACCAAAUCACAGUUUGUUUCCAAACUGAGACAAAAUUCCACACUUGGAUUAAAAGGACGAGAGAACCAGGACAAAGCGCACCUUGUCUCAGACCCACAAAAAAGUACAGGAAGGACCUUUCAGAGUCCUCUGAGAAAUACACAAACAUGUUACAAACCUCCGAACAUCACCAUUCACGAUCCAGAGGACACUGGGGGUCCCAAAAAGAGUUCACAUUUCAGCCAUACCUUUUCUCCUUUUAAAGGGCUAGUGGGGGCCCUUUCAGAAGCACGACACACCAGACCUAGAACACCAGCUAAGAUCUCUCAAGAAGAGUCCCCAAAUGAAAUUAAACAUAUUCUGGAUAUAAAUGAGAAAGGCCAAACUGAACAAAGAGCAGAUAGAUCAGUCAGCAGGAAGGUACAGCACUUGGCCCUACCGGUGCUGAACAUUGUGCAGUCUCCUCACAUUAACAGCUCAAGUAAAUCUUCCGAACGCUUCCUUGAUUCUCAGAAGUCUCAAAGAGAUUUAGGAGGUGAAGAGGGAGGCAUUGAGAGAAGUUACCUCUUCACUCCUCCUCCUCUCAGCCCUGCUCAGGAAGCCAUAGUCUAUAAGAGCCUAGAAGAGGAAAUCUUGUCUAAUCUACAGCAGCUAAGCGUUGACUCAGAAACUAGCACUAGCUCUGAUGAGAAGAACCAUGAGAAUCCCAACAAUUCCAGAGAGAUUCCAUUUGACCAGUGUAAAAGAUCUAACAGAUCAGCAAGUCUUGAUCGAGCGACACCCAACAGUGGAAACAGGGCUUUUGAUGCAGUCAUUGCUGAACUCUCUGGUGGCCAAAGGAAGUUGGAGAAGGUGUCAGUCGAGAAGUGGGUGAACACUCUUCACGGUCUCAGAGGGAAGGUGGAAGAAGACCACGUUACCACACAUCACCUUAAGGUCUCUAAACCUUGUAUGACCAGUUCUUGGUCCUCAUUGGGAUCCAGUAUAGAUUCAAAGGAGACUGCUGAACUUGUGAAGGUGCCAUUUGACAACUCCAAUGCUGAGACCAAAAUUCCUCAUGGAAAAGUGUCAAGUUUAGAUACUGAACAUGUUAAAAAACAGAGGAGUUCUUUAUUCAGACAAAGGAGAUCCUUAAGGAAGCCAGAAAGAGUGCCAUCAAUCUUCAAGCUAAAACUAAAAUCCUGUGUGCGACCGAGACGUGAUCACAGGUCUGACCAAAAGCCUUCAAAGAUCCCAACACCAGUUUUCUACAAAAGAACAAGCAGUAACGAGGGACACUCUCACAACCAGAGAGGAAACGAUUCCCAACGUGGGCUUUUUGGCACAGUCAAGCUUCGAGGAAACACUUGGACUAAACCAAACUCCCAGGUCGCAAUACCAAGUACAACAACAUGCCAAAGAUCAAACAAGGAGCCACAUGCAGAUCAAGAUCUGGAAUCCUAGGUUUAACCGACAACUCAGAAAUUCACAGUUUUGUCAUUUUAGAGUUUACUGAA